CUCCAUCUUGCCGGCCAUUUGCAGACGAUUGAACCGCCAUACUGGAUUUCACUUAAAUGACCCCGCGCCAUAUUGGAGUGGGGCCAAAAGAUUAAAAUAAUUAAGCUAUGAGCAAAGUCUCAUUUCGAGCUCGACAAAUAGAUUUUAACAAACCCUUACCUAUUCUGAAGCAUGGUUCUGAAUUAUUCCUUGAAAUCAGUGAAAAUGCACUGGUCAAUCGUGGCGUUCCACAGAUUCCCAGCGGGAUGGAGAAAGAGGAGGAAAAUGUAAUAAAAUUUAGGCUUUUAUGUAGUAAUACGAUGAGAAGUGGUUCGUGAACUAAUGUCGUUUUUUAACUUUCCCCACCAGGAACAUCACUUUCUGGAGGUUAUUCAGGCCUUGCAACUCCGUACAGACUCAGAUGUUAAAAUACCUGUCCCCGAGAUAAUUGACAAAGAGAAUGAUUAUAAGAGGGUUUACCCAGACAGCUUUAGUCUACCAAAACAGCUCUUACAUAUCAGAACAAUCGUGUUCUCGGAAGAAGAACCAAUUGAAUAUGAUAUGGAUAGUGAAGAUGAAGAGUGGUUCCAAAAAAGUGAUCUGGGUAUUACUCCUGAGAAAUUUGAGUCUAUGAUCGACCGGCUUGAGCGUGGUUGUGGUCAAAAGGUAAUGAAUUUGGAAGAAGCUAAGUACCUUCUUCAAGACCACCCAUCCCUAGUUAUCGCUGUUUAUGAUUAUUGGCUUAAUAAGCGUGUUCAGUCAAGGCAACCUCUCCUUUACGCUGUUCGACAAGAGCGACGUGACGGUGGUAGUAACACGGAUCCAUAUGUGGCGUUCCGAAGACGGAGUGAAAAGAUGCAAACCCGUAAAAACCGAAAAAGUGAUGAGCAGUCGUACGAAAGGAUGUUGAUCUUGAGAGAACAAAUGGAUUCUCUAGGGGAGAUACUCGGUCGACUUGUCAAACGUGAAGCUACAAAGGAAGCAAUUGUUAACUGUGAUUACAGAUGCUUUCAGCUUAGAUGUAAGCUAUGCGACUGGGAAGGCUCAAGUCUCGUAGAAGCCGAAGCUUUAGUGCGGAACCAUCACGAGGAUGAAGGUGUAGUAACUAUGAAGUCUUUGAAAGACAACAAAAGACGUCCUAAUCGCAAGCGCAAACUGGUCAAGAGGUUCAGCAAUCUUCCAAACCCCACAAGUUCCGACGAGGCUUCUGACAAUGAUGAUGAUGAGGAUCAAAGUGGACCAUUCUCUUUUGUUAGAACUCCUGGUUGCCGAUAUUUGAAGCCAAGGUCAUUGCUAGAAGAGUGUUCCACACUUUCCAGUCUCCAUCCUUCCAGCUCACCUUAUUCCUGCUAUACAUUAGCAACAAUUCCACGACUGUGUCAUACAAAGCAUCUUACCUACACCGGCUAUAUAAGGCGUCGCCUUGGUCGUGGCGGUCGAAUAAUAUGUGAUCGCGUUGCAGCCCCCUCGCAACUUUCUGCUUAUCUCCAGUCCUAUGAUGCGAAUUUGAGAUCUAGUGGUUCAGCUAGUCCAAGUCUUAUACCGUCAAACUUUUGCUGGCGACAGUCACAAACAAAAGAUGUUGCUUUGUUUAAUAGACUAAAGACUUCUAUUUUCAGUUCGCAUCGUAAGCAUCCUUCAUUCUCCUGGCCUGUUUCUGAAACUAUCUUCCCACCAAUACCCUUCGAACCUAUACUUAUUGAAUCUAAAGGUUCCAUGGAUCAUCGUUCCUCUCCCAUUUUCUACUCGAAGACGGAUUGUCCAACAACUUCGAGGAAGCAUCCAGAUGAUGUGACCAUAGAUGAAGUUGCUGUGGACGCGGGACGUGAGUUAAAUGAUGUUCCGAAUGACGGUUUGUUGGUUCAGGAAAAACAUUCUCCCUUGCACCCUCAGAACGAUCUAACGCCAAAGAAAUCAGUUAAUGUAUCGUCCGCGGUUAUGAUUCCCAUCACGAAUCCAAAUAUGUGUCAAGCUUCCCAGGCCAUAUUGGUGCCGAAGCCUAGCAAUAGUUUGGUAUCAACUCAUCGCCUGUGGCGAAAGCUGGCAAGGCCAUACGGUGUUACACUUCAGCCUUCUGAGUUUCCCAGGUCCCACAGUGUUGAUGUUUCUUUCAGUAAUUCUAAUGGUAACGGCCUUUCUUCGACGGACAAUAAAAUGUUGCUGACGGAUCCUUCAGUCUUGCCACCACCUAAAGUACUCUGUUUAACUCGUGACUGUGGGUCUAGGGAUUCAAAAGUUCCUGGUCCUCAGCUGCAUGUUACGAAUGGAGUGAGCCCAACACAGAUUUUUCAGCUUCCAACUUAAUCUUCCGAACUUUGCAAUAUGGAAGUUGUCUUUUUUAUAGUUCAUUGUUAGCAUUUAACUAAACUCUUCUCAAGUAUUACCUCAUUAUACCUUUUGUGAACAGUUUAUUUGCAAUCCCAGUGGUAUGAUCUUGUAGCUUUUGUAAAGCUUAUUAUUAUUGCGCUUUUGCGCUUCAGUUGUACAUAGGGGCCUUUACGGCCACCCCCUUUCAUUUUCCCUGUACACUUUCCCCUUCGCUCCAACGAGCUUGUACAUUUUAUUGGCGCAUAGCGUCGUAUGUCAAUUGAAUCAAUGCAUAAUCUGAAUGAAUUGUUUUCUUUUUUAUGUAGUUGUGAUAAAUUUUUUUGUACCUUGGUACUUUGUUGUUUUAUCGAAAUAAGGGUUAAUGUAUAUUUCUAAAGAUGAAUACCAAUUUUACUGGUUAACAAGUUAAAUGUACCCCCCUGAAUAUGGUUAACCAGCCAAAGUGUAAGAGGUCGGAUCCAAUAUAGGCUAUGUAGUUUUUCACGUCCAAUUGUUUGUUAGCUUGUUGGACUCGUAAGUCAAAAAUGGAGAAUGAAUCUCUCACUAACCUGUGGGUGUUCUUGUAAAUUUACUGAGUGCGAGUUGUCAGCUUUUGUACGUGUUAAGUCCUUGUUUUCUGAGGUUACGUGCUUCAAGCGACCAUCAUGUUUGGUCACAUGGACGCAAGCACCUAGAGCUUCUUCGAAGUCGUCGACACGUAUUAAUGAUAAGCAAACUUACGAUAUGCCAUGAAGUGGUGCUUACUAAGACUGGUGUUCUGUAGUCACCUUGUCUUUGUGGUUUUGCGUUGUGUCUGUACAGUUAUUUGUCGAUAAGCAAGGAUAUGUUUGAUUUGUUGGUAUACUUAGUCGCCCAAUUGUUCGUCAUCUUGCUUCUGAUGCGUGUCGUCCUAUUUACGCUACCGAAAUGUCCUGCUUCGGAAAAUUUCCGUAAAUUCAGCAGUUUUGCCACUGGAAGUAAAAUGAUAGUACUCCAAAUUUUGGUCAUUGUGUACGUUGCUGAAUCAGGGUACUAACGUUCUGUAAGAAAUCAAUGUCUGCCUUAAAAAUGUAUUGCUACAAUAAGAGCUUACAACGAAAGCUAGAUAAUGAAGACAUUAUUAUCCCUUCUGAGUGUUUUGGUGCAAUUUGUCUCGAAACGUAGGUCGUAAGAAUAGAAAGUCUAUGAGUACUUAGUUGACUUGAGGUCAGUCAGUAACAACGUA